AGUCUGGUCAGACCGGCCCGGGAGCGGCGGCGGCGGCACGCUUCGGUUUGGUUAUGUCCGGUAUGCUCCGGAAGAUGCACCCUCACCCACACAGGUCUCGAUGAAGUUCGUGAUUUACAUUCAAAGACAGAUUCUUGAAUAUUGUCCAGUCCACUGACUCUCAGCUGUCCUAGAGUGGUGUGUAGUUUCCAAGUGACGCCAUGGAGGAUGGGAAGGCUGUGUGGGCUCCACACCCCCUAGAUGGAUUCCAGAUGGGUUUGAUUGUCGACAUCGGUGUGGACUCAUUAACCAUUGAGCCUCUGAAUCAGAAGAACAAGACUUUUUUAGCUCCCGUCAACCAAGUUUUCCCUGCAGAAGAAGACAGUAAAAAGGAUGUUGAAGAUAACUGUGGCCUCAUGUACUUAAAUGAAGCUACGCUCCUGAACAAUAUUCGAGUGCGCUACAGCAAAGACAAAAUCUACACUUACGUCGCCAACAUACUGAUAGCAGUGAACCCGUACUAUGACAUAGCUAAGCUCUACUCAUCGGACUCCAUUCAGAAGUACAAGGGGAAAUCCUUGGGCACUCUGCCACCACACGUCUACGCUAUUGCUGAUAAAGCUUAUCGCGAUAUGAAGGUACACAAAUUAAGCCAGUCCAUCAUUGUAUCAGGCGAAUCUGGUGCUGGGAAAACAGAGAAUACAAAGUUUGUACUUCGGUACUUGACUGAGUCAUAUGGAACAGGUCAGGACAUUGAUGAAAGGAUUGUGGAAGCCAAUCCCUUACUGGAGGCCUUCGGGAAUGCCAAAACUGUACGUAAUAAUAAUAGUAGUCGAUUCGGAAAGUUUGUCGAGAUACAUUUCAACGAGAAGAAUGCCGUUGUUGGUGGAUUUGUGUCACAUUAUCUUCUGGAAAAGUCCCGAAUCUGUAUGCAGAGCAAGGAGGAAAGAAAUUACCACAUCUUUUAUAGGCUGUGUGCAGGUGCUCCUGAAGACAUUAGGCAAAAAUUUCACUUGACCUCCCCUGAUAAUUUCCGGUACCUAAAUCGAGGCUGCACCAAGUACUUUGCCAACAAGGAGUCAGACAAACAGAUCCUGCAGAAUCGCAAGAGCCCAGAGUGCCUGAAAGAAGGCUCCAUGAAGGACCCAUUACUGGACGACCACGGUGACUUUAACCGCAUGUGUGUCGCCAUGAAGAAAAUCGGCCUGGGGGACGCCGAGAAGCUUGACCUGUUCCGUGUGGUUGCAGGCGUUCUCCACCUUGGAAAUGUUGAUUUUGAAGAAGCUGGAAACACUUCAGGUGGGUGUGUCCUGAAGAACAAGUCGGGCCAGUCGCUGGACUACUGUGCUGAACUGCUGGGACUGGAUGGUGAUGAUUUGCGUGUUAGCUUGACCACUCGAGUAAUGCUGACCACCGCUGGAGGCACCAAAGGCACGGUUAUUAAGGUACCUUUAAAAGUGGAACAGGCAAACAACGCUCGGGAUGCUUUGGCCAAAGCCGUUUACAGCCAUCUUUUCGACCACGUUGUGAAGCGGGUCAAUCAGUGCUUUCCAUUUGAGACCUCCAAUUUCUUCAUCGGAGUCCUGGACAUUGCCGGCUUUGAGUACUUUGAGCACAAUAGUUUUGAACAGUUCUGCAUUAACUAUUGCAAUGAGAAGCUGCAGCAGUUCUUCAACGAAAGGAUCCUCAAAGAGGAACAAGAGCUGUAUCAGAAAGAAGGGCUUGGUGUGAACGAAGUGCACUAUGUCGACAAUCAAGACUGCAUUGAUUUGAUAGAAGCUAAAUUAGUGGGGAUUCUGGACAUUCUGGAUGAAGAAAACCGCCUACCUCAGACGAGUGACCAGCAUUUUACUUCAGCCGUUCACCAGAAGCACAAGGAUCAUUUCCGGCUCACGAUUCCUAGAAAGUCCAAACUGACAGUUCAUAGGAACAUCCGUGAUGACGAAGGGUUUAUCAUCAGGCAUUUUGCUGGAGCCGUCUGCUAUGAGACGACCAAAUUUGUGGAAAAGAAUAACGAUGCCUUGCACAUGUCCUUGGAAUCCCUGGUGUCAGAAUCAAAGGACCCUUUUGUCCGGAGACUCUUUGAAGGAACCAACAACACAAAGGACACAAAACAGAAAGCAGGAAAACUGAGCUUCAUAAGUGUUGGGAAUAAGUUCAAGACUCAGUUGAAUCUGCUGCUGGAAAAGCUACGCAGCACGGGCUCCAGCUUCAUUCGAUGCAUCAAGCCCAACCUCAAGAUGACAAGUCAUCAGUUCGAAGGGGCGCAGAUCCUCUCUCAGCUGCAGUGUUCAGGUAUGGUGUCUGUACUGGACCUUAUGCAAGGAGGAUUCCCAUCACGUGCUCCGUUCCAUGAGCUUUACAACAUGUACAAGAAGUACAUGCCUGAAAAGCUGUCCAGGUUGGACCCCAGGCUCUUCUGCAAGGCACUGUUCAAAGCCUUGGGCCUCAAUGAAAAUGAUUACAAGUUUGGUCUUACCAAAGUCUUUUUCCGGCCUGGCAAGUUUGCAGAGUUCGAUCAGAUCAUGAAGUCCGAUCCUGAGCACCUGGCGGUGUUGAUGAAGCGUGUCAAUCACUGGCUCAUCUGCAGCCGGUGGAAGAAGGUCCAGUGGUGUGCGCUGUCCGUCAUUAAACUGAAGAACAAGAUCAAAUACCGAGCGCUUGCUUGCAUUAAGAUGCAGAAGACAGUCCGCAUGUGGUUAUGCAAGAGAAAACACAAGCCACGCAUUGAUGGUGUGGUGAAAGCGAAAUCAUUGAAACAGCGUGUCAACAGGAUGACUGAGGUGGUGAAGGUCUUGAAGGAGGGAAAGAGUCAGAUGAACAAACAAGUCCAGGAUCUGGAUUCAUCGAUAGAGGCUUUUGUGAACAAAGUCAAGCGCACGGUCAUGAGGCGAGACGAGAUCGAGAAGGAGUACGCCGGCCUGGUGACGCGCUCCGAGCAGCUUCUGGUCGCCUUGCAGAAGAAGAAGCAGGAGGAGGAGGAGGCCGAGCGGCUGCGGGUCAUCCAGCAGGAGAUGGAGCGAGAGCAGCAGAGGCGCGCGGAGGAGGAGCAACGCCGCAAGCAGGAGGAGGAGGACAGGCGGUUGAAAGCAGAGAUGGAAAUGAAGAGGAAACGAGAGGAGGGGGAACGGAAGAAACAAGAGGAGGAGGAACGCCGUCUGCAGGCUGAACUGGAGGCGCAGAUCUCUGCUGAGCGCGAGGAGGAAACCCGUAAACAGGCACUGCUGGAACAAGAGCGCCGUGAUCGGGAGCUUGCCAUGAGAAUCGCAAGCAGUGAGUCUGAGCUGAUUACUGACGAGAUUCCGAUGGACACUGGGAUUAAAAGUGCUGAAGUUAAACACAUCCAACCUGUUGCAGCUGCUCCAAAGUUGGUUCGGCCAGCAUCCAAAAUGACGAUGGAUGAAAUGGCCAAAGAAAUGUCAGACUAUCUGGCUAGAAGCCCACAAGUCCAGGCCACGAAGGCUGCUGCUGGUACGAAGAAGCACGAACUCAGCAAGUGGAAAUACGCUGAGCUACGAGAUGCCAUCAACACCUCCUGUGAUAUUGAACUCCUGGAAGCCUGCAGGGAGGAGUUCCAUCGGCGACUGAAGGUUUACCACGCCUGGAAGUCCAAGAACAAGAAACGGAACGCGGAGGCAGAACAACGGGCCCCAAAAUCCAUCACGGACUAUGCUCAGCAGAAUCCUCCCCAGCUGCACACUCGGCAGCAAGAGAUAUCUCAGAAUCGGACACAGCGCUAUUUCCGCAUCCCUUUCAUCCGGCCGGCUGACCAGUACAAGGAGCCGCAGAACAAGAAGAAGGGCUGGUGGUAUGCCCAUUUCGACGGGUCCUGGAUCGCGCGCCAGAUGGAACUCCACCCGGACAAAGCCCCCAUACUAUUGGUAGCCGGCAAGGACGACAUGGAGAUGUGUGAACUGAGCCUGGACGAAACAGGGCUCACUCGGAAGCGUGGGGCUGAGAUUCUACCACGGCAGUUCGAAGAGGUGUGGGAACGCUGUGGUGGGGUCAACUACCUGCGCAAUGCAAUCGAGAGCAAGCAAGCCAAGCCCACCUACGCCACAGCGAUGCUGCAGAACCUUCUACAGUAGAAUGUCAUGGUCUUUGUCCUAAUUAGAGGCGGUGUGGUAUAGACAAAGAAGAUUUGUAAAUGGUGCAUGUGGAAGAAUACCACUUCCAAUGGAAAUAAGUCUCAGAGCUUGAAAUAAAUGUUUUUUUUUAAACUUUAGAAUGCUAUGUUAUACAAGAUUUAACGAAUUACAAAAAAAUAACUGUUGAGCAAAAUUAGGAGUAACAUUUAGUAACUGUAAUCCUCCUCCCUCUGAGCAUUGUGGCAACUGAUCGAUGAUAAACGAAGCUCAGAGCUGGUCGCUGUUUAGUCUGAGGUGCCACAAUGACGUUUGCAAGACUUGGCGAAGAAUGACGGUGGCUGAUUAAUGUUAUAUUAGUUCUUUUAAAAUAAUACGCUUGCCUCACACGCUACAACGUUUAAAAAUCCUAAUUUUUAUCAAAGAGUCAGAAGUUCUUCAAUUAGUGCUUGGGGCAAGUCCUUCACCUGAUCCGUGAUUAUCUCCCAUAACCCACAUCCUAUAAAUUCCAGUUUGGCAAGCAUUUCACAGCUUCACGGCUGGAGAAUCACUUGUACUUGGAAGUUGCAGCUUUCAGGAACCAUUAAAUAACUUGCAACCCUCACUGACACUUUACCGCUUAUGAGUCUUGUCAGUAGUUUUGGUUGAAGCCCUGCAGUUUUAAAUAGAUAUAAUCACAUUGUACCUAUCGGACAUAACCCAGAUUUCAUUAAUUCCAGAGAUUUGUUUUGCUAAUUUCUAUUUUGUGUGAUGUUUUUUGUGGAGUGAAGUCUUUUUGUGCACACUGUGAUAAUUGAACAUUCGACCCCAUAUAUAAACACAAUAGUCUCUCAGAACUGGAACCCCAUUGCCCUUUGAUGGUCAUGUGUGUCAGAAUAAUCCCCUGUGGGAUUAUCGGCAUGAUCUCGCCACUUGGACAGCAGCUUGACUCAUGUUGAUCUCUCCUCCCACCAGACUAAGGUUGUUCCCCAUCCGGAAAUCUAAAACACCGAAUCUGCGAGCCGUGGAAGGAGAGAGGGCAGGUAAUAAUGCUGGCCAAGCUGAUCAUGUACUGUAUGGCAUUGAUGGCUUUUGCUCAUCCUUAUGAUCCCGGCUGAUGUUUGACAGUCUGAAGCAAUGACUGAACGUUGUGUUUAUUUAUUUAUGAUUUUCCAUGUGCAAGUUUUACCCUAGAAUGUCUGCUGUUAAUACCUCUGAAUCGAUUGGACCAAGUCCCUUUUUAAGAACUGCAUAGUUUUUCCAUUUGAUUUUUUUUUGAAAUGUCUGAUCUUACUCAUGGGAUGCAGAAAAUAAACACAUUCCUGAUCUACCA